AUGGCUGAGCUCCAGAAGAAAAAAGAAGAUUUGGAGGCGGCCAUCAGAGAGUGCCAGGCCAGCGUGGCCAGCAACGUGAUUGGCUGGCGACGGCUCGUUAGCGUUAGCUACGCCCAGCCCCCACCAACCAAUCACGUCGUCGCGUACGAACAAGAGGUUUCCGAGAGUUUUGUAGGCUCACCAGGGACCGUCUACUCCGGCUGCACGGCGCCACCCUCGGGUGCCCCCCACCUGACGCUGGCAGUCCUGGUCGGAAUGAACGCCAAGGCGGCGCACAAGUUGGUGGAGACCAUCGCGGCUCACUCCAGCAGGAUGCCCGUCACGCUCUUCCUCUACGGAGACUUCGUGGAAACGUUUCCCGAACUGGUGACGGAAUGGGCCAAAACUUUCACUAUAGGCAUGCGCGAGGGCCAACCAUUUCCGCUAGGACACUUCACGCUACAGGCACAGAGCUGGAUCCGGAUGGGGCUGGUCAGCACGAUGCAGCGACUGAGCGAAGUGGACCUACAGACAGCCUACUACUUGCCUGAGAAAGUGACAGACGCCGUGAAAAGUGAAGCUAAGUCUCGGGGCCUGAGGAUCAUCCAACCGACAGCUCGCUUCCCUCCUACAGAUGAAAAGUGGCUCCUGUCUGUUGCAAACUACUACAAGUACAGAGACGUGGAGAGGGUCCCCAAAGCUCUCCGUGUCAUCGCCAAUCAACUGGAAGACAAGGGAGGCAUCGUCAGUCUGGACUCAGACCACCCGGACAGUUACAUGAUCUCCGUCUUCCUCAUGGACUAUCUGGCCGAGAAGUCUGGCUACAAUCUAGUUAGCAUUACAGAAUAUCUAAAGUAGAUAUUAGCAGUAUGGAGUAGCCUUUGCAAGAGUACAUGUGCAGUAGUAGUCUAGGGUUAAAGAUUAAGGCCCUUCACUUGCAAACAACGCCAUGAAUUUUGGUCUAGACUUGUAGACUGUUUAGUGUCUGAUUUUUCAAACUUCAAUAGACAAAAACUGAUUUAUAUUCUUACAUCAAAUAUCAGAACAACA